GGAGGAGCAGAGGAGCGGAGGAGGAGGAGCGGAGUGUUAUCUGGUCUUUGUCCGUGGGAGUUCUUGUACUUGUUGUUUUUGCAGCAGUUCCAGUAAAAUCUCGCGGAGCGAGCAGAGACUUGAGGAUGGACAUCGAGAAGGAGGUGAAGAAGAUGACCCUCGGCCAUGAGUUCGGUUCUGGAGCGGCUUGUCUGAAGUGCAAGGACAAGUGCGAGGGAUUUGAGCUGCAUUUCUGGAGAAAAAUUUGUCGGAACUGCAAGUGUGGCCUUGCAGAACAUGACGUGGCGAUGAUUUCUGAAGAGAACAAGAAGGUUGGGAAGCUGUUUGAAGACACCAAGUACACGGGCCUCAUCGCCAAACUGAAAACGGACGGCAUCCCUGGAUCCCAGGGCAACAUGGUGACCAUCACCCUGCCCAGCCCCGCCACCGCUUACACGGUUGCUCCCUGCGCCUCGUCUACUGUUGUGCCCCCCCCUGCCACAGCAGGUUCUGUCCAACCUGCAGGAGCCUCUAUAGGUUCAGCUUCUGUUAGUCCCAAGGUGCAGGGUCAGGGUCAGCCUGCAUCUGCUGCCAUCACUCCUGUCAGGGCUGACAAGAUCCCAGUCCAUACUGGGGCCACAGCAGCCAGUCUGGUUCCAGUCUCCAAAGAUGUGCCGAUGAAAACCAUCACCUACGAGUGGGCACCUCCAGUUCCCAACAAGUAUCUGGCCGUGCGCUACAUCGAGCUGCUCCCGCCUGAAAAGCGUCCCGUCGCCGGCACAGAGGGAGCCGUUUACCGCCGGCAGCAGAUGGCUCGUCAGCUGCCGGAGCACGACCAGGACCCGUCCAAGUGCCACGAGCUGAGUCCGGCAGAGGUCAAGCAGAUGCAGCAGUACGUUCGUAAAUACAAGGACGAGGUGCUGGGGGUGGGAGACGUCCUGCUGCCCGAGGACAUGGCAGAGAGGCAAGGUGGAGCUGCUGGAGGUCCACCUCAGACAAGAACAUCUGGAGCUGGUGUUCAGGCUGCAGCUGGUUCUGGCCAGGGGCUUGCAGGGCCCGGUGUUGGUGUCGGUAAUGGAUUUGGACCAGCAGGAGGGGGAGCAUCGGCUGCUGGGACAGGACCAAGCUCUGGGCCAGCUGGUGGAGCCAUGGGUACCGCUGCCGCUGCCGGAGCCAUGAGCGCCGGACUUCCACACAAGAACUUUUCGUGCCAUCGCUGCCAGCAGCCCAUGAAGACGGGCGAGCCAGCUGUUUACGCUGAGCGAGCGGGCUACGACAAGCUGUGGCACCCGGCGUGCUUUGUGUGCUGCACGUGCAGCGAGCUGCUCGUGGACAUGAUCUACUUCUGGAAGAAAGGCAAGAUGUUCUGCGGACGCCACUACGGGGACAGCGAGAAGCCUCGGUGUGCGGGCUGCGACGAGCUGAUCUUCAGUAACGAGUACACUCAAGCCGAGGGUCAGAACUGGCACCUGAAGCAUUUCUGUUGUUUCGACUGUGACUGCAUCCUGGCUGGAGAGACGUACGUCAUGGAGAACGACAAGCCUGUCUGCAAACCCUGCUACAUGAGAAGCUAUGCUGUGAAAUGUUCUUCGUGUCAGAACGCUGUGGAGCCAGAGGCGCAGAGAGUUUCCUACGGCGAGUUCCACUGGCACGCCGAGCCGGACUGCUUCAAGUGCUCCGGCUGCACCAAGUGCCUGGUCGGUCAGCGCUUCAUGGCUCUGAAGAACUUCCUCUUCUGCUCCGUGGAGUGCAAGAAGAAAGUCAUGCCUUAGAUCUGGACCGCUCAUGAGAUCAUGAGUGGAUCGGCUGAAGCAGAAUCCAGCUGAUGUGUAACUGACCUGAUCCGUGGAGACGUCUGUCUGUACAACAACUGUGGGAUC